AUGGUGAAGAAGAAAGCAAGGAAGCGGCAACGAACCAUUUUACCGGAGACACCACCAAACGACAAAACGAGGAAAACUCCGAGAAGCACGCCGCGCAGGACCAUCGCAAUGGAACAGAAUGACGAUGCAGCGCAAGCAACAACCACAAAAAAUCACUGAUCGAUGGAAUUGGAUGCCUCAUCAGCAGCAGGAGGCGCCGGAAGGGAUAACAUCUUGGAUGAAGUGAGUUUUCUACAAGUUGAGGACGAAAUUCAGAUGGACAGAGUGCGCCAAUCGGCGGUGAAAUUCUCGCUGGAUGAGUUCACGCAUCUGUUACGUCGAAAUUUAAUGGAUAAGCGACCAAUGUUAAGCGCUGCUGAUCGGGAGGAUGUGAUGGAAGCGGUCAGUGAGACGAAGAAGCACGAACCAUCAGAUAUCAACUGCGAUUUUUUGGCACGUUUGCGCCAUCUUGCUGAAGUUUUGUCGUAA